AGCUUAUAAAUACGUAUACCGAUGUGCCAGUUUUAUCAACAGAAACACAUUUGCGAUAAUAAUUGAUUAAAGUUAAAAUACUCGAUCUUGGUCGAUUUGUCAACAUCAUAAAUGGUUUCGUCCGACAUUCUCCGCAGUCUGCAGUAAAUAUGGCGUCACUGAAAAGUAGCCAGACUCUAGAAACUUCCCCUCAGUAAACACAACUAACGAAGAGGACACAAACAAAAAAACUUCUAUUUGUGAACACAUAUAUUUUUGUAGGUAUGCCCAGGAAAAAGCCAUUCAGCAACAAGCAGAAAAAGAAGCAGCUGCAAGUCAAACGGGAGAGAAAACGAGGUGACACUGGAUCCGGGCCAAGUAGCCGCAAUGCCAGCGUGGAGCGAGGAGAACGCCAGUCGGACACAUCAGACAGCGAAACCACAGAUGUCAGGAGAAUAAACCAGCAACCCACCAGCAGAGAGGGGAGAUAUGAUCCCAACAGAUUUCGUCUACACUUUGAAAAGGAGAGCAAAGAGGAUGUGGAGAAGCGAAAGAAGAUCGCCCGGGAGAAGAUUCUGCAGCCUGUCUCGGACAAGGAACUGGAGAUCGGCAUCAAUGACAUCUACCCUCCAGAGCGAGGCCUGGGUUUCCCACGACGGCCGCCCUGGAACUACGAGAUGAGCCGCGAGGACUUGCUACGGAAAGAGGAGAAGUCAUACAGGCAGUAUCUGGAUGAGCUGCACUUCAAAAACCCACCUGGAUCUCUCAGCCACUUUGAGCACAAUCUGGAGACAUGGAGGCAGCUAUGGCGAGUGUUAGAGAUGUCCGACGUCGUCCUCCUCAUCGUGGACAUCAGGCAUCCGGUGCUGCAGUUCCCCCCUGAGGUCUACCGCUGCAUCACAGGUGAGCUGAAGAAGCAGAUGGUGCUGGUGCUGAACAAAGUGGACCUGUGUCCACCCCCGCUGGUGAUAUCAUGGAAACACUACAUGACCUCGCAGUUCCCCCAGCUGCACAUUGUUUGCUUCACCUCUCACCGCGGACAGUCGUACAGCACAGUGCUGCAGAAAAAGCGGAUGAGGCGGAAGGCUGACUGGAGUCAUGCUGGAGGUCCCACAGAGAUCCUCAAGGCGUGUCAGGAUAUCACAGCAGGCAGAGUCGACCUGUCAAGCUGGGAGCAGAAGAUCCAGGCAAAUGCCGUUGCCGAGCAACUGGAUGGGGACGGGCCCGACGAGGAUGCAGAGUCGGUACUGGUGGAGCAUCAAAGCGAUAGUGCCAUGGAGAUGAGCAGCCCUUCGCAGGAGCUCUACAAGGAUGGCGUUCUCACUCUGGGUUGCAUAGGCUUUCCAAAUGUGGGCAAGUCAUCUGUUAUCAAUAGCCUUGUGGGGAGGAAGGUGGUGAGCGUGUCCCGGACACCAGGCCACACCAAAUACUUCCAGACCUACUACCUCACCCCCACAGUCAAACUCUGCGAUUGCCCCGGACUCGUCUUUCCCUCCUGUGUCGAUAAACAGUUGCAGAUUCUGGCCGGCAUCUACCCGGUGUCCCAGCUGCAGGAGCCUUACAGCUCAGUCGGUUAUCUGUGCGAGAGGACCCCCUUCCUCUCCGUGCUCAAGCUCAAACAUCCCAAUUUACAAGAACUUAGCACCCAAGGAGACCAGAGUUCUGAGGAGCCCCCCUGGACCGCCUGGGAUGUUUGCGAGGCUUGGGCUGAGAGGAGAGGCUAUAAGACGGCCAAAGCCGCUCGGAACGACGUCUAUCGAGCAGCCAAUAGCCUUCUGAGGUUAGCCACCGACGGCCGACUCUGCCUCUGCCUCAGACCGCGCGGUUACAGCUGCCUGAGAGAGCACUGGGAAAACCACACUGACAUCCCAGAGAUCCUGGCCUUGCAGGGAAGGACGUCUGAGGAGGAUGCCGCAGGAAAGAGGGAUGAUGAAGAGGAUGGUGAGUCCAGCACUGAGCCCGAGGAAGAGAGGGACCGGGACGCGGACGACGACGAUGACGGCGACGAAGACGAGGGGUUCGGGCAGGCAAGGCGAAAGGAAGAUACGACGCCUGGCAUAGCCGUUAACAUGUUUAAUGUCCUUCGAGAAAAUGAAUGCUGCUAUUGUAAGUUUGGAUUGGUCUGAACUCUGCAGGAAGAAGCUAGUUAGCAUGCCUGCUAAUGAUACCAGACGACGCCAUGGCAUUUGCCUCCUGCAGUUCGCCAAAUAGCCACUAGAUGGCAUAAG